ACCCUAUCUCCCUUCUUCACCCCAUGUGCUUUCAUAGCAUCAGCCAGCUCCGCCACCUCCCUCCUCAAUUGUCCCCACGUAACAUCCCGAACCUCCGUAUAUCCCUCCCUGACUUCCGUCACAGCCACUUUAUUGUCUUCCUUGCCAGCUUUACCCCGCUUUGAAGGCAGCGCACCAGGUUCUCUCGAAUAGAGCAGAUUCUCAGCAAAAUUCAGAUGUACACCCUUGAACCAUAUAGGGACAGCGUCGAUUCGUGCAGACUCGUCGACUACCGUGUCGUAGGUGCCAUGGUGUAUUAUUUCGAGGAAGUGGAAGGCUUGAUCCCAGAACUGUGCUCGGUUGUUGAUAGAGUAUUGGUAUAACUCCCAGAAUGUCUGUGAAGGGAUGUCAGACAAGGAGGAGGAUCAGAACAGGGCUCCAACCUUAAGAUUUAAAUUAUAUUUUUGGUUUAUUUCUUGCAUGAACCGGUACAUCUCCGUACUUUGGGGGUUGGGAUGCUCCCAGAGCUUUCUGGGGACUGCGGAGGAACUCAUGUUUGCAAUUGAAUGGACUGAGGGGAGAGCGGUUGGGGGCGAAAGAAAAUAAUGUCAAGAGACGAGAGUGGGAGAGAGAAACUGAACAAGCUGCCAUGAUGUACUUAUUCGGUAUCUUGCCUUCUGUCCUUAUUGGCUUGAACUGCAGUGAAGACGGGAGCUCUGGUCGGCGAUAGCGGCAAUGCGGGGUGAAGAGAGGGGUGCGGUGCAGUGCUUGCUGGCCGCGGAUCUCCACACCCCGGCUCCGGCCAGCGCGGAUGCUGUGGGCAGCUCAUUAAUUGGCCCAUAAACGUCCUGAUACUUAUACAGUAGUGACUGCGCAUGGCUAGCAAGGAUGGAUCAUGGAAGAAGUCGCUGGGGAUAUUAUAUCAAGAAGCCUGGCCUGAUGAUGCCCUGCAGAUAAGUCGCCGAACGAGAAAAUACAUUCCGAAGCCGCAUUCCAGAAAGAAUCAAAAGAUGCCCAUGGACCUAGGCAUGUACUGUACGAGUAUGCGUUUUAUUGUUAUCAGUGUCGUUGUCUCGCACUCGCGUAUUGUACUGCAGACUUGGAAUCUUAGCGUGGAAAGCAUGGCUUCCUGGCUUCUCACUUCUCGGCCGUAGUCCAAACCAAACAUCCACAUCGUGGGCACCAGCCACGAGCAUCACUAAUGCAUGCAUCCAACAGCACAGCACAGCACAGGUCUGGCGUUCAAUUUGUGGAACUCCACUCGAUUGGAUGUAUUAGUUCGCUGAAGAUGCGAUACCUUCCCGGGUCGCAUUCGGACAGUCUGUAUCUCCGCUCUCGUCAAUUCUAAUACAAGAAGGUCUUCAGCCUCAGCCCGCCCCCUUUGCUACACCUAUUCCUUACUCCCACAAUCAACAAUUCUGAAAUCCGUGCAACAAACAAGCUCUCGAGUCUACUUCCACAGCUUCACUACGCACAACCUACCUUACCUGCAUGACCACCCUCCAUACCAGUAUCACAAUCGCAGCAUCAAUCUCCCAUAAUCGCCAUCACCACAAGCACAAUCAUGUCCCGCCUCUGGCCCCAUACCCCCUACGCCGAAGACCAACCCUACCACCACGCCAUCCUAGCAACCCACGUCCUCACGCGCGCCUUCCAAACCGGAUCCCUCAUCGGCCUCGGCCUAGGAAGCAGCAUCUUCACCCUCCGCAAAUUCAACAUCCUCCCUUCCAAACCUCGCACCGUCCCUCCCCCGCCUCCUUCCCUCUCAACCACCCUCCCAAGACCCACCACACUCCUCCCCACCCUCCUCCGCUCCACCUCCACCGGCGCACUCACAGCCUUCGGUCUCCUCUGCGUCGGUCUACCACUGCAGAUGCGCGGGAAAGAGGAGAUCGAGUGGCGGGAUAGGAGUUGGCGGCUACUGGAGAAUGAGGGGCAGGUGGAGUGUGACGAUUGGACGUAUGGGGGGAUGGUAGCUGGGGGACUGGUCGCUGCGAGUAAGGGGAGCGGGUUAGGAUUGGGGUGGAGGGGUGUGGUGGGUGGUGUUGGGAUGGGGAGUGUGUUGGGUAUGCUCGGGUAUAUGGGGUGGAGGUAUGGGGUUCAGGGAGGGAAGAGGGGAGAAGGGGAGAGAAGGAAGAGGGGUGUGUAG